CGGUCUGGUUUUGAUGCCUGUUGCUGCUUUCUGGCUUGCCGUUUUGCUUUGAAACGGGAGGUGACCUGGAGCGUAUCGUCAUGGCAUUCCACCUGAAGGUACAAAAUACUGCAGUCUUCAACUGUUUCACGUUCAGACAUGGAGGUUUCCAGUCGUUUCCAGUGGCAAUGUUUGGAGCACCGGCUGAAGAUCAGGAAUUCCAUUCAAGAUCCUCUUGAUUUAAUUGCUGAUGGUUUGAGAAGUUAGAAUUAGCUGUAAUCAUCAGUAAGCCAGCAGUCUUGAAUGGGUGAAAAUGACAACCACCUACUUACAAGACAUUCCAAAAGAAAAAGACCAUUCAGAUAAAUUAGAUGACCUAUAUCCUAAGCUGCCUGAAGACUGAGGAUCUGGUCUAAGCCAAGCAUAUGGGCUCCAGCUCUCUCCCUCUCUGUCUCUCAUUACGAAAGGUAGCCAGGGAGUGAUUCAUCAGGAAAAAGAGGGCUACUGUGAGUCCUAUUCCAUGCUGGCCAAGUUAUUUCUAGUGCAUAACAUGAAAGACAAAUCAUAGAGAUUAUCUUGUGAAGAGCAUGAAACUGGAUUCAGCACACCUGUCUACAAGAAGCCUGAUGACUGCUGCCCAGGAGCAGAGCAAGCUUCUUCCCCUCUGGGAAACGAUCUGCACAGACUUAGUGACGGGAUAUUCUGGUCAGAGGAAAUCGUACCACAGGAAGUCUCACCAGUGACCACUAUCAGUCGUGGCACGUGCAGAAAGAAGAGAACAGUGCUUCCACCUGUUACCAAUGUACUGGAAACAUGAGGGCAAAGAUGAAUCUGCACCAAGCUCUAAGCAGUAUAGCAGCUAUAGGAGUGUGACAUCCAAGAUAAGAUUAACUUUGAAAUCCGCAUGCGAGAAGGCAUCUGUAAACUACUUGCAGUGAGCACGCAGAAAGACCAGCUGUUGCAUGCUGUUAAAAACCUGAUGGUUUGCAACGCCCGCAUACUUGCAUACAGGACAGAGCUACAGAACCAAAAAGAAGAGCUGGUCUCAUACAGAACUGAAGGACGGUCUUCAGACACUGGGUCAAAAGACCGGGUGGCAUGCAGAGCAAAGGUUGCUAUAUCAGAUAUUCGAAUACCAUUGAUGUGGAAAGGCUCUGAUCACUUCAGCAAUAAAGAAAAAUCACAGCGCUAUGCAGUGUUUUGUUUGUUCAGAAUGGGAGCUGAGGUUUUUGAUACGGAGGUGGCUAUUGUGGAUAAAGCAAUAACGGAUAUCUGCUUUGGGAAUGUAACCAUAUUUGAUGAAGCAGGACCAGAUUUCCAGGUGAAGGUUGAAGUGUACAGUUGCUGUACAGAAGAGUCUUUAUACAUAACAAACACUCCUAAGAAACUAGCAAAGAAGUUUAAAACAUCCAUCAGCAAAGCCACCGGGAAGAAACUCAGAGCUACACUGGAAGAAGACAGCCCAGAAUCCCUUUUGCUCACUGACCCAGUCAUUCAUGGAGCAAAAUACAGUUUGCUGGCAUAUACCACUUUGGGGCUGGAGAGUGCUGAGGACAAUUUCAGGACCCACACCCUUACCAUUACAGGAAAUGAGGAAUCCUCUUUCUGGCUCCCCUUGUAUGGAAAUAUGUGUUGCCGUUUAGUUGCUCAGCCCUCUUGCAUGACUAAGGAUAUGAUGGCAGGAUUUCUUAAUCAGCAGCAAACGAUGGGAAGUCUGACUAACUGGAGGAGGCUGUAUUGCAUACUAAGAGGUGGCAAACUCUUUUGCUAUUACUCACCAGAAGAAAUUGAGGCUAAACUGGAGCCAGCGUUGACAGUUUCCAUCAACAAGGAAACCAGAAUUCGAGCUGUGGAUAAGGACUCCAAGGAAAGAACUAAUAAUUUUUCUGUUAUCAACCCUGUGUCUGGAGAGGCUAUGACUCAACUUUUUGCUACUGACAGCAGGGAAGAACUUCGUAAGUGGAUGGAGGCUUUCUGGCAGCACUUUUAUGAUCAGAGCCAGUGGAAACAUUGUUGUGAAGAACUUAUGAAAAUUGAGAUUAUGUCACCACGGAAACCACCUUUGUUCUUGACAAAAGAGGCAACCUCCGUCUAUCAUGAUAUGAGCAUUGAUUCUCCAGUGAAACACGAGGGCUUAGCUGAUAUCAUACAAAGAAAAAUUGGAGAGAGCGGUGGUGAGUUCCUGCUUGGCCAGCAAAAGGAGUCUGCGUUUUCCUUAUGGGCCUCGCUCUUCGAUGGAUCUCAUGAGAUGGUUGUUCACACAAACAUGCAUCCAGGCACAAAAAGUGAGACUGUAAGUCCUCAUGAUGGCAGAGGAAAGAAAAGAGCAGCUCCUCCUCCACCAUCUGAUAAAUCGCCAUACAGUGCAAAAGCACAGCGGAACACAGAGCAAUUGGGCAAAGAAAACUGGGAGAAAUCUGAUAGCACAUGCAGUUCUUUCGAUUCAAAGUUAUCUACUGUAAUGCAACAGAGACCCAUUGCUGCUCCUCGCAAGCUUGGUCCUUGUAGAAAGAGCAGUUUAACUGACCACAGAAAUUCCAUUUCACUGGUUACCAAGACAGAGUCUGAAACCAAACUGGCACCAGCCCCUAGACAGAAAUCCGUCAAAGAAAUGCUAGACCCUAGGUCUUGGUUGCAGCCCUAGACGUAACAGUUAGCUAGGAAGAGUCCCUGAAACUCUCAGAGAAUUAAAAUAGAGAAUUCUCGAGAAUUAAAAAUAGCUUUUAGCAUAUAGCCUGCUAAGUAUGGAGACUAAAGCUUUUUUCUUUUAACCAGGGCGUUAUUGGCUGCAGUCUCAGACUCCUAACAUCUAAAUGAGCUACUAGGCAGUAUCUCUACCUGAAGUAAUGGUGCUUCUUCAGAACACAGUAGUUAGUACUUCGUCCUUGAGAAACUGGCAGCAGUCAAGUAUCUCUCUCCCUGCACCAGGGCUGUGACCGCUGCCUUCUCACCUGUCCCUCUGCUUCUCCCAUGUACGGCUCCUCAGACUAGUUCAAUUGGGCAUUUCACACACAUUCAGCACAGAUCUUGCAAAGCUGAUUUUUCUUGGGCUCCGUGCUUGACCUCACCCCGAAUCUUCUCAUAUACCCCUUGUCGUUUGGGAACCGCUGCUUAUAAGAUAAUGUACUGUGAAAAGUUAUUCUGCACUUCUCAAUGGUUCUGUAACUAUAUCAAUUUUUGAAACAGGUCUGCCAAUUUAGCAUGGGAUCUACUAGGUUCUUCAUGGUACAUACCUUAUCCGAAUGGACAAGGAUUAUCUGCGUCCGCAAAAGAACGGAAUCCAUCACUGCUGCUUAUUUUAGGCUGAUGCAAACAUUUAAAAAUAAUAUUGCCUAUGAACACCUCUUUAGGGUUUCGUUUUUAAGGUCAUUUUUCUGCCUAAUGGCGCUCUUGCAGCGUAGCUUCUUCAUGGAACAUCUCGGCAGUUUCUGGUAGAUAAAUGGUCUGCAAACAUGGCCACAUUGCUGGUGUACAAAGUUCCUCCCCCACCCCAAACUCGUUUUCUCUGAAAUAACAGAAUGGGUACUUCAGGUGAAAGUACUGAACUUGGAUAUCCCUACAUCGGACUGCUCGCCACUUUUGCGAGAAGCACUGGUUAUUACGGUUCCUGGGCAGCUACAAAGGAGCCUACAGAAAGAGUCUUUCGCCUGGACCUACACCUUAAAUAUACCUACACCUACACCUUAAACUCUCUUUCUUGGAUGAUAGUUGGUUUAUUUUUUGUCUUCUGCCAAUCUCUUGGCUGCACAGUUGUAAAGGUGUCUGCUGAAUUCCUUCAGUAGUUUGUUGGCUAUUUGGGAUAGGGCUUGGGAGGCAGGGUUUCCUUUACAAAUCUCUUUGCAGGAUUAGAGCCCUUGGUUUUUAGAAUGUCCGUCCAUGUUCAUUCUUCAUUUAAUCGUGCUGCAUUUUUCCCUCUGAAACAACCCUAGUUAUUUUUACAACAAAUCAUGCUGUUACUUAAGUGGAUGGUUUGUGAAUGGUUUGUAGUAGGAACAGGAAAAACUGAAGACUAACUACAUGAUUAUGUAAAUCGGACACGGUCAACUAAGUGGACUAGGCAACUCUGAACACGAAACAGGGGAAAAAAAAAACCAGAAAAAAACCCCCAUAUUUUCCAAGAUGUAACUGCAGGUGGUUUAGCUUUAAAUCUAGUUUUAAAUGAUACUAUAUUCUAGAAAGAAAAAGGGCCUUUUAUUGGCAAACCACUUCCAUUUAUUUGCUGUAUUUCAAAAUAAAUCUCAUAAAUAUAUAUGGCAAGAAGACAGCAUAAUGAGGAUUUAUUCUGAAAUUCAACAGGCUGUUGAAUUUCAACGAGCAGUUUCUCUAUUAAAUUCAGUAGCUUUGUUUUGAAUUGCAGCAUACAUAUUUUAGGAAGGCAUUUAGUAUUAAUUUAAAGACUUAAAGCGAUGAGAAUUCACCCAUACUUCCUCAAUAAGCUGUUGCAGUGGUUAAUUAUCCCAGGUACAUUUUUCACUUGAUUUUCUAUUUACAUUUCAAGCUCCACCUUAAGUUAUUUUGGUCUUUUUAAGCCUUUGAUUGCUUAUAUUGAUCUCUAUAGUAUCAGCUUUUCUAAUUCCUUAUGUGCAGUUAUAAAUCAUGAUUAUGUCCCUUUUUAACCUUUUCUCUGAUAAGAUGUACUGAAUUCCUUAACUUUCUUAUUGCAAUUAAUUUUAUCCAAGACUAAUCUUCAAGUUCUUCUCUCUACUUCUUAUGUGUUGAAAUAUUUUUUAAAUGUGACACCUGAAUUAGAUGCAACAAGUCAAUAGUGAUCCUGUCCGGAAUACACGGAGACAUAACAUGAUCCUCUUACUCUGCUUUAU